CGAACCAAUCUGCCACUCACAAUAUGGCUGACGGGUGGACGCGCCAUUUUUUCAGGAACCUUUCUGAGCGGAACGAAAGUUGUCUGUCUUACUUCCUGGAGGUUGCUGGGACGGUUGUUCGGGAAUGAGCCAUGCUGCGAUGUUGCCGACAUGUUAAAGGAUUUUUAAAGCCUCUUGCAGAAACAAGCAGACGUAGGAGCAUCUCAGCACCCUGCCUUUCUGAGGAGCAUAUCAGACGUUUUAUAUCAGAGAACACGGAGGUAGUUGUGGGACGCAGCCUGACGCCUGAGAUACAACUGAAAUUGUUCACCCCUAACUGCAGGUUCUGGAGAGAAAGACCAGAACUCUGGCCUUUUACUGACCCGUACUGGGCAAUUUACUGGCCAGGAGGACAGGCGCUCUCAAGGUACAUCCUGGACAACCCUGGUGUUUGUCGGGGUAGAGCGGUGCUGGAUCUGGGGAGCGGCUGUGGAGCCUCAUCUAUCGCUGCAAAGCUCUGUUAUGCUGCUCAUGUGGUGGCCAGUGACCUCGACCCCGUUUCAGCUGUUGUGACCAGGUUGAAUUGUGAACUGAACAACGUGGAGCCGCCUGUUUGUGUGACAGACGACAUGAUUGGUUCAGACCCUGCCGGCUUCGACUUGAUCCUCCUGGGCGACAUGUUCUACGAUGAAGCCCUCGCCAAUAGGCUUUACAGAUGGCUGGACCGCUGCAUCGAAACCCACGGCACCAAAGUCCUGAUCGGGGAUCCUGGGAGAGCCCUGUUUGAGGGACAUGACAUUCGGAAGCUUCUGCAUCACGUGGCCCAGUAUGAGCUGCCUGAGAGUGUUAGGGAGGAAAACUAUGGUCUUAUAUCCAGCCAUGUUUGGUGUUAUCAGAGCUAGUUUUGAGUACUUUUGCUUGAUUUAAGAAGUUAUUUAUUUUCACACUCAUUUAAAUACCUCUACUGGUCUGCAGCUAUAGCUAUAUAUCACAAGUGUGAGGGCAUCAGGAAUCAAGAUGCUUAUAAGAAAUUAUUUAAAUCCUGUAAGGCAGAAAGUGAGAUCCAUAAACUGGGGAAACCUUUUGCAAGCACUUAGCGAUGCAUCCCAGGAACACCCUGCAAGUCUAAGAAAUAUACAUUUUGAGACAAUUAUUCAGUCCAAGUAUCAUCAACUCCUGGGCUUGUUUUCUUCUCUCAGGCACAUCAACCAGUAGAAACCGAUUAUUCAUCCGCUGACUCAUAUAUUCUGCCACUUUAAAUAAAACAUUAUAACUAGAUGGUUAAUGAGAUGGUAUGGCCCAUGGUGUUUCUAAACUGUUAAAAUUCCAAAUUAACUGGCCUCAGACAAUGUAAAAAAGCUAUGUCUACAAGUUGCAUUGACUGUGAUCAGUGUUAUUAAAAUAAUAAAAUAAACAAAACCCGCAUUUUCAGUUUUUAUGUUGAAAUGGACCCAUUUAAAUAAUCUGCAGGGUUUCUAUCCUACAGGUGUGAAUUGGUGUGGAAGUUCAUUGUGAACUUUUUAAUUCAUACAUAAAACUAAGAACUCUUAGUGUUGGGUCUGAAAAUUAUAAAAUGAUAAAUUAUUUAGCAUUUUGAUAUAAAAUAUGUAGGAAUCCUAAACUCUAAAAGAUGACUUCUUUCAUGUUUUUGUGUUUAAAUUUCAUCCCAAAUUUUGCCAUGAUGAGUUUUCCUUGCAUAAAAACCCUUCUUCAGACACAUGUCUUUAACCUAUGUAUUCACAUUUUCUUGUGUAUUACAAUCAGACAUUAAGUCAUGCACUCAUAUAUCUAUGUUGUUUAACUUGGACCAGACUCACAUCAAGAGUAGAUAUCCUCUACAGUCUCACACCCUGCUCCUGCAAAUCUGACCUUGAACAAGGCACACCGGCAUAAAUACUGCUGCCUUGUUUUGUGCAAAUUAUUCCUCUAUUAAUUCCUCUCUGCUCUUACUGUGGACCUGAGAGCAACUUUAAUAAAGUUGAUUGACUACAUUUUCCUAUUGCAAUUAUGCAAUUUGAAACUGACCACCCAUUAAAAAAACUAUAUAAGUCUUUGUUUACUUAUAUUAGGCAUGACUUUAGAUUGUUUUUUUUUUAUUUGUCUUUUAAAAACACAUGUAGCAUAUCCAAGACUGACUUUUAUCAUCUUGGAAACAACUAAAAUCAGAUCAGUUCCAACACAAUAUGGAAAAAUUAAGCAAUAGAAAGAGAAAAAGACAAUGUGUCAAAAAGUGAUUUAUGGCCCCCCUAUCAGAUAAUUUAGGACCCCUGUCAGAAGAUUAAAAGGUUUAUGGCUGCAAUAAAAGUUUAUGACUUCCACCAGUCAUAGACAUCAUAGGAUCAAAAGGUUUAUUGGCCUUAUAAAGGUUUAUGUUAAGCCAAUAUUAAUUUAUGACCUUCACCUGUCAGGAACUUUCUAUGGGAAGGAAAAGUAAAUGUUAAUGGAUGUAGCUCCUUUAGUCGUUUCACCUAGAAAGAAAGAACAGAUAAACUUUGAGCCAGUUUUCAAGGUUAGAAUCUGAAAGAGAGGACAUAGAGUCAAUUGCCAUGUCUAGGAGAGAGAAAGGGUUAAACACUGAAAGACAGGGCCAUGUGGAUCAUCUCUAGAAGGUGAGCAUUACGUUGUUGCCAGUAGAAGCUUGGACGAUUCCCCUCUCCAGAAAGGUGUCACAGGUAGACACAGAGCAAGGCCAGGUGUAGCUUCUAGGAAGAGAAAAGAGAGAGAACAUGUUAAGUGGAGUGAGUGAUCAGCUCAAACCAACAGUUGAACCACAGAGAAUGAGACAGAGACUCAGUGUUCUUUGUGAAGAGGUAACCCACAUGUGCAGUGUAGAGAUACAAAAAUGUGGGUCCCCUGCAGGCUUUAGUAUCAGAUUACAGAAAGGGUGUGAGACAUAUCAGGUUUCAGUUAUACAGUAGAGUGAAGGUUACAAAGAGGGGUGUGAGACCAGCUGCACAUUUUAUCAAAAAUAAUUUGAAUACAGAAUGUUCCAAGACACUGAAUCAUAUCUGCAUGUGACUAUUCAGAAAAUAGCAGAAAUAAGUGUGAGUGAUAAUAGCGAUCAUUAAUAUAUAUACAUUCAACCUAACAGAACAUAAAGUUAAAAACUUAAAUAACAGCAAAUAAUGCAAAAUUGGAGAGUAGUGUGAGAAUGUAGCGAAGAGGGUGAAAGUGGUCAUUAUGUCCUCCAGCAGCCUAAGCCUAUAGCAGCAUAACUACACAGAUAGUUUCAGUUUAUUUAUUUAUACAGCGCUUAAGGUUAUGGUUAUGCAGUUUAGGUGAAAGGUUCAUUUAGUAGAUAAAUUAUUUAUAAAAGUGACAGGUGUGAAUUUAGCUCAAUUCAACAUGUUAUAAACCAAUCCUAAAUUGUAUAGGUGCAAUAAAAACAUGUUUUGUUUGCAACCAAAGAUGUACUUACAACCAGAUCCAACCAAUGUAUUGCCACCUGUGAAUAAAAAUACAAUUGUCUUACCUCUGAG